CGGCGGCGGCGGCGGCGGUGGCGGCGGCUCGGGCUUGGCUCCGCGUCGGGCCGGCUCCGCGGCCGCUCAUGGGCAGCCAGGGCGGCUUAGGGCCCCCCGGGGACGGCGGGCCCGGCGAGGGCGAGGGCGAGAGCGGGGAGACGCGGAAACUGCAGGAAGGGAGAGCCGCGAGGGGAAAGCGGAGGAAAGGGAAGGGGAAGGGGAAAGCAGGAGCAGGGCAAGGCGGAAGAGGAAGCGGGGCGGAAGGGAAGCCGCAGCCGCCACAGGCGAAGGAGGCAGCGGGGCUGGGGGCCGAGGCGGGAGAGAGGGCAGGCCUGGGAAAGGUACGAGAGGGAGGCGGAAGCGUAGAGGAAGGGGCGAGAAGGAUCUUCAGGGGAGAUGAGGGGAGCGCAGGGGCGCGGAAGGAGGCCAAAGGAAGAGAUAAUGGAAAGAAGGAGGAGUGGAGGGUCAGAACUGGACAGCGGGAGGAGGCCAGGCCGGCGAGAGCACAGGGACGCGGGGCUCAGGCUUGGGGCCGCCUCGCUGGGACAGGGGCGGCCAUGGCGGCGGCGGCGGCUGAGGAAGAGGCGGGAGCCCGGGAGCCUGCCGGCCGCCCCGCCGCGGGGCCCGCGCUGCUGCGCCUGCCGGAGGAGCUGCUGCUGCUCAUCUGUUCCUACCUGGACAUGCAGGCCCUCGGCCGCCUGGCUCAGGUGUGCCGCUGGCUGCGGCGCUUCACCAACUGCGACCUGCUCUGGCGCCGGAUAGCCCGGGCCUCGCUCAACUCCGGCUUCACGCGUCUCGGCACCGACCUGAUGGCCAGUGUACCAGUGAAAGAACGGGUGAAGGUAUCUCAGAACUGGAGGUUGGGGCGCUGCCGACAGGGGAUUCUGCUGAAGUGGAAAUGCAGUCAGAUGCCCUGGAUGCAGCUAGAGGGUGAUUCUCUGUACAUAUCCCAGGCUAAUUUCAUCCUGGCCUAUCAGUUCCGCCCAGAUGGUGCCAGCUUGAACCGGAGGCCCCUGGGAGUCUUUGCUGGGCAUGAUGAGGACGUUUGCCACUUUGUGCUGGCCAACUCGCAUAUUAUCAGUGCAGGAGGAGAUGGGAAGAUUGGCGUUCAUAAGAUUCAUAGCACCUUCACUGUCAAGUACUCAGCCCAUGAACAGGAGGUGAACUGUGUGGAUUGCAAAGGGGGCAUCAUUGUGAGUGGCUCCAGAGACAGGACGGCCAAGGUAUGGCCUUUGGCCUCAGGCCGGCUGGGGCAGUGCUUACACACCAUCCAGACUGAAGACCGAGUCUGGUCCAUUGCUAUCAGCCCAUUGCACAGCUCCUUUGUGACAGGGACAGCUUGUUGUGGGCACUUCUCACCCCUAAGAAUCUGGGACCUCAACAGUGGGCAGCUGAUGACGCACCUGGGCGGUGACUUUCCCCCAGGGGCCGGGGUGCUGGACGUCAUGUACGAGUCCCCUUCCACACUCCUGUCCUGUGGUUACGACACCUACGUUCGCUACUGGGACCUCCGAGCCAGUGUCCGGAAGUGUGUCAUGGAGUGGGAAGAGCCCCACGACAGCACCCUGUACUGCCUGCAGACGGAUGGGAACCACCUGCUGGCCACUGGCUCCUCCUACUACGGUGUGGUGCGACUGUGGGACCGGCGCCAAAGGGCCUGCCUGCACGCCUUCCCUCUGACGUCGACGCCCCUCAGCAGUCCUGUGUACUGCCUGCGCUUCACCACCAGGCAUCUCUACGCUGCGCUGUCUUACAACCUCCAUGGCCUGGACUUUCAAACCCCGUGACAGGGCCACCCCAGCCUGUGGGCCAGAGGAGCCAGCUACUCAGGGACCUCUGCUGCCUGCAGGGUGCAGUGAUACCUCUUCCCCGGCCCUGCCUGGGUGCCUAGACCUGUGACCAUGGUACUCAGGCACCUUAAGAUAAAGGCUGCUGACUCCUGGGCACUGGGGUUACCCAGGGGUGCAAUCCCUCUCAGGAACCAGUUGGAAAGAAGGGACCUGCUGCUGCUCAGCUGAACUUAGCCGGGCCUCGCUUCCCUGUUGGCCAGAGCAAGGAUCUGGCCUGGGGAGAGAGGCCCACCCCUUCUUAGAGCCGGGCCAGCUCACCACAAGAGUGAGGUGAGGUGCUCCAGCCUUCCCAGUUGGUCCCUUCCUGCCCCUUCCCUGGAAGGAGAGGGGAGGCUGCCAAUACCCUGUGACACCAGCCUCCACCUCAGUCAGACCCCACCCUUGACCAAGCUCUUGGGCUGGGGACUCAUUCCUGGGGUACUGUGGCCUGGUCUUCCUUUGAAACCAAGAAAGGACAAAGGGAACCCCGAAAUUCUGAAUGAGUUCUGAGCCAGCCCAACCUCAGGCUAGCUGUUGAGACAUGCUAAAAUGUUGAUUUUGUAGAAAUAAUAAAGCUUGAUUGUUCACAGA